AUGGCAACCUCUUCUCUGGAGUACAUCCCAGAACAGCAAAAAUCUUCUCCAACUCACAUAUCUAGCGGUCAGCUGCCUCUGGAUCUGCAUCCCCCGCAAACUGUGGAGGAUGACAUUUCCGGAACUCAGCUAGGUCCCGACUUUCCUUAUUACAUUUUUUCAGAAGGAAACUUUCUGUGGAAAGGCUGUGUGAGACAACCAUGGCAAUUAAUGUUUUGUUAUCUUUUGCAGCAUGUUGAGGCUCUAGAGAUUCUUCUUCAAGGACUAUGUGGUGUUCAGAGAGAACGAUUGAGGAUACAUGAAAUAUGCCUUAAGAGUGGUCCACAUCUGGGUACUGUAGCCUCAGAGGUUCGACUCUUGUGUGAUCUAGAGCAAUCUGAACCUUCAUGGAGUGUUAGACAUGUAGGUGGUGCAAUGAGGGGUGCAGGUGCAGAGCAAGUUUCUGUUCUAGUUAGGUCAAUGGUGGAAAGCAAAACAAGCAAGAAUGCACUUCGCUUGUUUUAUGCACUGGGGUACAAGUUUGACCAUGAGCUGCUGAGAGUGGGAUUUUCCUUCAAUUUCUACAGGGGUGCACAAAUCACUGUGACGGUUGCAUCAAUCAAUAAAAUGCUGAAGCUGCACGCAACUGAUGAGGCCGUGCCAGUAACACUUGGUAUACAGAUGGUUGAAGUAAUAGCACCCGCAACUUCUGAAAACUAUACUGAAGUUGCUACUGCUAUGUCAUCCUUUUGUGAAUACCUUGCACCGCUUCUCCACCUGUCCAAACCAGGCGUUUCAACCGGUGUUGUUCCUACUGCUGCUGCAGCUGCUGCAGCUCUAAUGUCUGAUGGUGGGGGUACGACGUUGUAGUGUGCCUGCAAUGUUAUCUUUGUAAACACACUUGCUUAAAUGCAAUAAAGAGACUAGAACAUGUGAAAAUUGACAUUGGAACAUGCCUUCCCAUUGCUUAUUUGCUUUAUGAUCGAUCAUAUACACGCGCAAUUUGAUUGUUCUAAGCUGUUUGGGAGUAGAAUAGUGUCAUGCUUUAAUGAUAAGAAAAGAAAAGAAAAUAUUAGUUUUA